AUGACUCUCCUCGACUUCUUCCGCAGCAUUCUGCGCCGUCUGGCCGCCAUGCUCUUCUUUCCUUCUAGCCUCAAGUCGAUGGAUGUCUCCCCGAAGACGUGCGAUACUGAGGUGACGGUGGUGGAGGCUACAGAGGACAUUCGGACGUUGGACGAUCUUAGGGACGAGAUCAUGCGGCUGUUCAGAUAUCCUUGUACUGUGAAGCGGAUGCUCUCCAUGUCCUCGGCUCUACGUAUGCAAUAUAAGGCCAAACUACGAGACAGUGACGCGUGCAUGUUGCCAUCUUAUUGCCAUACUCUUCCCAAUGGCCAAGAGAAGGGGACUUACAUCUCACUCGAUGUCGGCGGUUCCACCUUCAGGGUGGCUCUUGUGGAACUUCGAGGUCGACAUGCCAAAUCGUCCCCUAUGGCCAUCAGGCGGAUGAGCACGUACAAGAUUGACGAACAGAUUCGCCGACUGCCGUCGGCAAGGUUCUUCGACUGGAUGGCUGGUAGGAUACAGGAGAUGCUCGAGCAGGAACAAGAGACGCGGCCGUUGGACGAACCGUUGCCGAUAGGUCUGGCUUGGAGUUUUCCAAUUGAACAAACGAGCCAUCGUGGGGGCAAGCUGCAAGGCAUGGGCAAGGGCUUCUCGUGCCAUGAAGACACAAUAGGGAUGGAGUUGGGCACACUGGUUGAGAGCGCGUGUGCUAAGAGACAGUUGAAUGUUCGGGUCGAAGCCAUUGUGAAUGAUUCCUCGGCCACACUUUUAUCUCAAGCCUACCUUGACCCCGAUACUUCGAUGGGCUUGAUUCUUGGUACAGGGACGAACGCGGCUGCAUACCUGCCUACUGCUUGUAUGGGGACGUCCAAGUUUGGAAUGCGGGAGUCUUCCUGGUUCGACAAAGCCGAGAAGGUCAUUAUCAACACUGAGCUGUCCAUGUUCGGCAAAUCUAUCCUACCCCAGACUCGGUGGGACCAGUUAUUGAACGUACAACAUCACAUGCCUGACUUUCAGCCUCUCGAAUACAUGACGACCGGUCGUUACCUUGGUGAGCUGCUACGCUUGAUCAUUGCUGAGGCCGUGGAGAUGGGCGGGUUGUUUCAAGGCAUUAUGCCCGAACGUCUGACCGAGUCUUAUUCCCUAGACACCGAAAUUCUGGCCCAGUUGGAGCAGGAUCGGUCCAGGAAUCUGGAGGACUCCACACUCAUCAUCCAGAAGACCUUCGGACUCAAAAUGAUACCGACGGCAGAGGAGGUUGCCUUUCUUCGAUCGGUGACCGAGUCCAUUUCCUACCGUGCAUCAGCUUAUAUUGCGGUUGCUGUCCAUGCACUGUGGGCUUUGCAGCGGGACCCCGAGAUUAAUCCAGCGGGUCAAAAGGAAAGUUCCAAAACAUCGAUCGCCUGCAAUGGAAGCGUCAUCCUCAAAUACCCCGGCUUCAAGGACCGAUGCCAGGGGUUUCUCCAACGAAUGAUCAAGGCCGGCUCUCUCACGCAAAGGGUGUUUGCUUCACACAAGAUCGCCCUACAGCCCACAGUCGAGGCUGCCGUUUUCGGUGCCGCCGUGGCUGUGGCGUUGGCGAAUAUCCCUUGA